AUGUGUCUUCCAGUGGAAGAAGGUGGUUUGGGUUUGCAUCACCUAGAUGAUAUGCAGAAGGCUUUGCAUAUGAGAUUUGUCUGGAAUUUAAUCCAAGGUAAUUCGUUAUGGGCUCAGUUUUUCAAAGCUAAAUAUGUGGGGUCUAAACCUUGGUUUCUUAUUGAUGCGAAUAAAGGCACAAGAUUUUGGAAAAUGAUUGCUAAUUGUAUUCGUUUGGUUCUCAAAAAUUUGAAGUGGAGCCUCAGGGAAGGCAACCUUUUCUUCUGGUAUGAUAAGUGGCGGAAUCGGGGUCCCUUGUAUUCUGAUCUUCCAGUGGUGGGUAGUCAUUUACUUAAAGUUAAGGAGUGCCAACUGUCUAACUUGUGGGAUGUGGAGCUCUUGGUUAAUUUGGUGGGUCAAGAUCAUGUUAAUGAUAUACUAGAAUUUUUAACAGUUUGCAAGGGCGGAUCAAAUGUAUUGGUAUGGAUGAAGAAAGAUAGUGGCUGUUUCUCUACAAAGUUAGCAUGGGAUUGUAUCCGUAUUAGAGGUUCCACCAUGAAUUGGCAUUCUUGGAUGUGGCAUAGUCAGCUCCCUUUGAAGGUUUCAGUUUCUAUGUGGAAGGCUUGGCAUCAUGCCAUCGGUGUGGAUGAUCAUCUCUGUCGUGUAGGGGUGCCGAUUGUUUCUAAAUGUGAUUGUUGUGAUGCUGGUAAGUACGAGGAUCAAAAUCAUGUUUUGUUUGAAAGAGAUCUUGCUGCUCGGAUGUGGCGUUAUUGUGGCGGUAUCUUUGGGUUACCGCUUCAUGGUAAUUGGAAAGAGACAGUGUCCCAUUGGUUUCUUCAUGCUUCUUCCUCUUCUCAGGUUGGUAUUAUUGUGGGCCUCCUUCAUUCUUUGCUUUCUUGGCCGUUUUGGUGUCGUAGAUGUGUAGCUCACAUGGAAGAUUUUACAAUCUUUGCUUAUAUUGCCUAUCGUUCCGCCAAGGCGUUGCUUGAGUUUCGUGGCUUGGCGCAAACCCCCCAUGGGAAUUUCAAGUUAAAUACUAAUGGUAGUGGCUUUAGGAAUCCUGGGUCGUCUGGGGCUGGUGCUUGUAAAGCUCUGAUGAUUGGUUACGUGGAAGUUGAACUGGACUCGCAAGUGGUGGUUUCGUGGUGGAAGCAACGGAGGUAUGGGGUUUGGUACCUUGAGGAUUUUUGGGAGGUGAUUCUCUGUCUUUUGGAUUCGAUGGAUUGCUUGGUUUGUCAUGUCUUCAAAGAGGGUAAUAAAGUUGCUGAUUGGCUUGCAAAAUCUGGUGUGCUUGGUCAUCAUAUGGAGCAGCAAGUGAUUGGGGAAGUGCCAAGGUUGCUAAGAAGUUUAAUCUGCUUGGACAAGCUCGGCGUCCCCUCGUUACGAUGUAGCUAUGUUUGA